CCCAAGAGCUUGCAGUCAAAAUCUGAGGAGAGAGAGAGAGCGCACAGUGAUACAACAACCAGAAGAGAAAAGAUAACUUGCCCUGGCGUACUGUUGAAAGACAAAGAGGACCUCUAUCUCAGCGUGUCUGUACUUGGGCAGUACAAAAAAACUCGAUGCGUCCCUGCAGCAUUUCCACUGCUUUUUGAAGAAAAACUAGUAUUUGAAAAGGCAUUUGCUGAUAUAGUUGAUCCUGGAGACCUUGUGGAGUUACUUGAGCUUGACACAGCAGUACUUGAGCUAAUACAACUUGUUCCUCCAGUGGGAGAAAUUCUAGCUACUUACGAAGAAAAUACAAGAGAUUUCCUGUUCCCUGACCCUAAGCUCACUCAUGGGCACCAUGGUUUAGAUCGUGAGAUUUUAAUGAAGAGGUCCUCUUCUUUUACAGGAAUUGCACCAAAACUGAGAUUUUCUACAAGCUCCCUUAUUACAGAAAGUCUGUUAAGCUCAGGAAGGAGUCACAUACAGGAUAAUUUGAAUCGGGUACAUCACUCAGCCCCCAAUGGAAAAUUGCAAACAAGGUUACCAAAGAAAAACACACUUUCACCUGAGAAAAACAGGCAUAACUUAGCAACAAAGAACUACGAGCAGCCUACAAUAGCUUCUAAAUCACGUUCUCCAUCUCCAUAUACAAAAAGACGAAUGUGUGAGCUAUCAGAAGAAGCCAGACAACGACUGGCCCAUUUAAACCUUGGACCUUUUGCAUUCAGAAGAGAAACUGAUAAACCUCCGUUUGUAGUUAGACGUGUUGAACAACCAAGUCCUGGUAUUGAACUUCACACCUGGUGUCCUCCUCGAGAAAGUACAGUGGAAGCCUGGUCCAAGGUAAAUCAUGAUCCUUCUCUUCUUGGCAGCUACAGGCCCAAGAAAGCCAAAGUAAAAUCUGCUCAUGGGAAAGACUUUGAUAGUUCUUCUGAUGUCUGUAACGAGCAUGUGAUCUCGGGUCCACGAAACAGACAGUCCAGUUCUGCUGGUUCGUUAAUGUGUUCGGCACCUUCGGCGUUUCAUAAGCAUUCCUUAAGUUCUGUGCUAAGUCGAUCUUCUCUAAGGGAAAGGUUUAACUCUGGUUGGCCUACACCAGCAAAUGGAGAUGAGAUCCAUAAACGAGUGAAAAAUAUUUUAAGGACACACAGUGCUAGACAGCGUCUAAUAUUUGAUGAGACUAACUCAUCAAAAGAAGACUUAACUAAAAUAGGAGAAUUUUCACAUAAAGCCUCCUUAUGCAUGAGCGAACUGCAGAGCAGUUCACCAGUGCAGCAGAACGCCACUGUUCACUUGGAUAAUGGUGAAUAUUGGUCCAGUCAUGCAGCUGUAUACAAAGGGAAGCCUCACAGAGCGAUCUUUGAAGACAGUCUGGAGAAAAUAUACAGAAACAUGUACCAAAAAGCUUCUGGCACUCUUUCAGACCAAAAAACCCAUUCGUGAUAGCAAUUUGCCUGGAAAUGCACAGUACACAGUGUUCAUAUUUUUAAUGAAAAUAUUUUUAUGUAACAAAUAUUUGUACUCUAUUUUUAAGGUGUAAUUAUGUUUAGGCAGGGUUGCUGAGCUAUGGGGUUUUGGGCCUGAGUUGCCAAAUGGGGAAGUACUUAAAAACAAACAAAAACUAAGCUUCUUCCUAGUUAAUCAAGCUGUGUCGCUCCUUUCAGACAUCAGAAGAUAGUCAUUUGAAGACUAAUAGUUCUGCUGGAUAUUCUUGUCUGACAUCAAGUCAGGUUUCAGCUGCAGUCAACUUUUUAAAAAAUCAUUAUAACUAGUUAGUAACAUAAAUAGAAUUGGUUGAAAAAGUAAUAUGUUUUAGUGUUCAGAGAGGCAGUCUAAAGGGGAAGGGUGAAUGUAUGUGUUGAUAUAAAAGUGUCUGCUUUGGGAAAGAGGGAAUUGUUUUUUAGAAUAUUGCCUUUGGAAUGUUUAUUGUUGAGAAAGGCAGAAGGAAAAAGCAACAUACUGACCUAUAGACAUGCUUUCAAAGAGGUUUCAAGCACCGUUAGUAACAAAUUUUCUAAUACUGUAACAUUUUAAAAGAAACCUGCCUAGCCCAGUAGUCUUUUUAUCAGAAGGAAGUUCUUCACAUACCCUGUGCACUUGCAAGUUUCCAGGUUCUCUUGAAUGCAACCAUGAUAUUUGCCAACAUACUUGUAAUUUUAAAAAUACAGAUAAGAAAAGGGCGAUGAGGGGGUGGGAUUGGAGCUAGUCAGCAAGCUCAUAUACCCAGUUCAGGCCUUCUGAAGUCCCUGCAUCACAAUCCUACCUAAUUUGGAGCUUAUCCUUACCAGCCUGCUGGGAUCCUGUUGGCAGAAAUUGCAUCCUUUUUGCUAAAGGCCACCAAAUGUUCAUCAGCAGUUCAAUGCUUUCCCAAGAGACGGAACCUUUUCAGCUUUGCAUUGAACAGAUCCCACAUUAACAGACCAGGGCAAAUUGCCCAUCUAUUGAAAAACCGAAUUUUUUAAAAGGGCAAGAGUGUCCAUCUCCUGCUUCUUUUUAAAAUGGGGAAAAAACAAUUGCAUAUUGUGGCUCCUUCUCUGACUGAGAGAACAGAUUCGGUUACCCCAAUGCCAUUUUACCUGUUACGAUUGGAUAAAGGAUAAAGCUGGCAGUACAGAUGGCGGAACAUAUGACUGUAACCUGCCAGCAUGCCUAGAUAAACAAAAAGUUGGUCUACCCCGCCUUCCGUCCUUUAACGCUGAGACAACAUAAUUGAUUUGAGAAAGCAGUUGGUGAGCAGCUAUGCUAGUGGGAAAGCACGUUGAAAGGCUGUGUGCUUCUGUUUCAGGAAGGGGGACUCUCAGAGGAGGUGUCUUGCAUAUAGACAUUUCUAUUCCUUGUAACAGUUAACCCAGUUGAAGUGGAUUAACACUGAUAACUUCCUGUCCCUGAUGCCAUUUAGCACAUUAGUGCUUUCAAAGGGCAUUAGUUGUUCAGUCUUAUGCUGUAGAUAAGUGUUGAGUCACUAUUGAGAAGUAGUACACUUUUUUUUUUUUCUUUAGAAGUGAAAAAUAAAACUUGUCCAAGCUGUGCUGCUGAGGACAUGGUGACCAUAGAGUAUUACAGCACCAGUACCUGGUAUUCGUCCAUUACCCUGUUCCUGUGACCCUAUAUUAGUCCAUAAAGGAAUAGUUUCUUUCUUCUUGCUGCUAAGGAAAGUAGACAUACAGAAACCUGCCUGAAUAGGCAGAGUGCAUUCUGAGGGACUCUUUCCAAGCUUUUGGUAUAAAGUGAAUUUAUUGAAAUCUGAAAGUUGCUGUGGUUUUCCCGUAUGUGUUGGCGCCUUCAAGAUUUGCAUUUCUUCUCAUGGCAUCCCCUAGCCUUCAUUCAAUACUCUCUAUAUUUGGCCUCCCUAAUGUCAUAGCUUGGUAAAAGUUAGUGUCAGAAGGUUGGCUGCUCCCCUUUGGCUGAAUCUCGUUCUGUGACAUAGAAGUAUUCAGUGUUCAGUUUUCCCCUCCCUGGCACUCCAGCAUUGCAGAUUUCUAUCUCUGUUAGUUCAAUGUGUGGGAAGGCCUGAAUGCUCAAGCUCUUUGUAUGGAUGACCAAGGACACAAGUUGCCAGGAAAUCAAGAAACAAGGAGGGGAUGAAGAAGGUUGGAGGCCACUGUGAAAAAACAGGGUAACGCUUUGGAGGGUCCAGAGGAACAACUGGGGUAUGUUUCAUUCUGUUGCCCUAACUAAAGAAGGUAAGCAUAUGGUAAAUAUGGCAGCCUGUGAUUUCUACAUAAAUGGGUCUUUUAGUCUAUAUUUCAUAUGGGGAAUUCAAUGUGAGAAGUGGUGUCAUACUACUUUGACCAGUAGGAAAGUUCUCACUCUGUUGCCUCCAUGUGCGGCAUGACAACAAGUGAAGCAGAUAGACUGUAAGUAUCUUUGGCCCUGAUCUGACUGCUAAGGCAGAGGGUGUGUAUAAGGUCUUUCUGAAUCAGCUGCUGCAGAAUAUGUGUUUCUCUCUUGAGUCAGAGUCAUGCCAUAGCUUAUAUGCUGUGAUAGAGCAAAGCAUGUUCUCUUCAAAGUACAGUGCUGGAAAUCCGUUUUGGUUAAUGGAAAACUUUUCUAUGAAAUAUAACUUCAGACCCAAAUUACUCCGGUCUGUCCACAAAAUCUGCAAGCCACUUGUUUUUUAAAAGCUUUUGGCCCUUUCCCUGUUUGCUCAGCUAGCUCUCCUAUUAAUAUGCAUGCUGCUCAAGUGCACUGAGUGCUGCUGCUCCUUUGCCACAUGGUAUGUGAUAAGUAUAGGUUCAGGCAGUGAACCAACAUAGUAAUAAACUGUAAUUGUUUAGUGCACCUUGCUUUCUAAUACAAUUUAAAUCCCUUCUAUCAAAUGCAAAUUUCUAGGUUCCUGAGUGGAGCUUUAAAUAGCAUUUUCUGUGCUCAUUCCUUAUCUUCUGUCAUCCACAAAGUGGUCUGUUAGUGACAGUGGGAUGGCGUAAUUCCACCAUCAUCAUUUUACCUCCUAAAGGAAAGCUGCCUACUCAAAUCUAGAAAUAAUGAGCUAGAUUAAGAGAGAAUUAGUGUUGUUUUCUGUAGAGUCUGUCUCUUCCUCCUGCCCUCCCCAAGUUAUUACAACCCAUGGGUAUUCUCACCAAAUGUUAUGGCUUCCGGUGUUGCUUGCAGUAUGCAGUAUAAUCAGAACAGUAUUUAAAUAUUUUUCAUUUGAAUAAGUUAGAGUCCACCUAUAAUUUCCUCCCUUCCCCCUUUGCUACAAGUAACUUUGUUCAGUUUGGGAUCGUGGGAUGGCUUUGCACAAACAAGCUAGCUGUCUUCAGUAGCGUGCCGGAUCCUCUGCUAAAUAGUAGUUGCUUUGGAAAUCACUCAGUCUGGGACCUGUUGCGCGGUAAAAUAUGUCAAGCUCUGUAAUGAUUUACCUUAUCUAAGUUUUCAACUAGGAGGAGGGAAGCUUUAACUGGUCAAGCAGGGGCAAGAGGCAUAGGAAUGGAUGGAGUAAUGGGAACAGGUAGCAAUAAGAUGAGCAGCCACAUUUAACCCCCAAAUCAGCUUUGAACCCUCCAAACUACCCAGAGCAGUUUUGAACGUGAUCAGGGCUGUUUUCCAGACUGCGUAUCACAUGUGUGAAUUUUACUACUGCUGAGAGAUUUGCCAAAAAUGGUGAGAAGAGAAAGAAGCCUGCCCAUACGGUCGGGAACCUGUUUGUUUUUAUUUCUGUAAAAUAACAGACUUUUAGCUCUGCUCAGUAUUAAGCAGUCUGUGCUAAACUCACUGUCAUUGUUACCUCAGCUGUGAAAUGGCUAGUUUGUGCUCUGAAGCUUAAUUAAAUGACUGUAAAGUGCUUUGGGAACUUGAGAUGAAUGUUGUUACAGAAAUUAUUUUAUUUUGUGACAGCCUGGCUGAAAAGUCCCAUCUCCAGGUCACUAGAAAGGUAUUAUUUUAAUUUUCCCAGUUUUAUUAUGUUUUAAUCAGGCAACUAUCAAACGAGUCUUAAUCCCAUCAAAAUAGAAAUGUAUUAAAUCUAAGAGACUCCACUGAGAAAAAGAAUGAACUGCUUUCUACCUGCACUUUUAGGAGUUAAUUUUUACAUUGAGUAUCCUGCUUAGCUUACAUUUCCUGGAUGAUCCAGGCUCUUCCAUAUUCAUAGUGAUUGCUCUCAUGAUACAUUUUUGAAUACAAGUUAUAUUUUUAUCAUCAUAAUGUCUUAGUACUUUCUACUAUGUAUACUAACCAGCACUAUUAACAUCAAUCAGAUCAUUUGUUCUUGUCCUCUCCCCAUAGGUGGGGGAUGCAGUGAUGUGUGCAAUAACUCGACAGUGGAAAACUUUGUGCUGUGCCGUAGGCUUGUCAAAGUAAGUUGGAAAGAAUCUCCACUUUUUCAGUCCAUGUGCAAGGUAUAGCCUUGCACAUAUAGCCACAUAUAAUCAUUAUUAUAUGAGUCUGGUCUUCCUAAUUCUGAAACUUGUGGGGGUUUCUAAACACUUGUUUUCUAAAACACUGAACUAUGCAACAAAAUUAGCCUUUUAGCUGUGGCCACUCAGUUGUAUAAAUCAUGUAAUGUGAAAUCUCUGAGUUAUAUGAAAGCCAACCACAAUGUCAGUUGCUUGCCUGGUUGCAAAAUGCUCAUUAUCGGGAUGCUUGAGAAAAUCUCAAGAGAGAUUUGUUUACGAAUCAAGGAAUUUGGGGAAACUUUUUAAUCAAUGAAACUUAGGGAAAGCCAUUUAGCUUCUUCGUGCCAGUAAACCUGUGCUGAAGCUAAGAGUGAACAGCACUUCUGUGGAUGCUCUUAAUGAGCUACCUCACUGACAAAAGCGAUGCCUGGUUUAGGUGAUGGUGCCUGGUUCUUUUGGGUUUCCACAAACCGGAUGGUGUGGGAAGUGAUCAAGAAUGUUUAAUAAUUCCAAUUUCUGUUAUGCAAUGGAAUAUUGAAUGCAAACCCCGUUGCACCGGUUUCUACUACUUUGUCCAUGGAAUUAAAAGUCUCUUCAAUCAAAACUCUGUAAAGGCUGUACCUGCUUUUAUUAACGAUACUGGCUUGAUUUCACCCAUUUGACCAAAGGAUGUACAGUUUGUUUCCUGUGUUUGUCUUGAAAGAGAAAUUCUCUCAAGUGCAGUGAUAAUUUGUCUGGAUGACAACAUGGAGGAAUUGCAGUCCUUCUUUUUGCUUGAUCAAUGUGGAGAUGGUGCCUUUCCUUCGUGUGUAUUUCCACUCGUUUCUGUGUGAUUGCUUUGGACUCUGCAGCGAGCUCUCUGCAGCCUGAGAUGUAGUGAUCUGAGCCUUCUUCUAUCCUUUUCAAGUGAGAGUUCACAGUUACAAAAAAGGUCCCUUUUGGUUCAUCAGAAUGUACUGAUCCUGAGGAUAUACAGCACAAUUUUUGGUUUUCCUGUGGUCAGGCAUUUGUGUAAUCCUGUAGAACUGAUACCACCGAACGGAGAUUGCUUUAUAUGAAGAGGGGUGGGAGGUGGAGAGCAGGGGGUAGAUUUCAUCUGUGAGUGGUUCGAUGCAUGGCUUUCCAUGUUUUAUGCAUUUACGUACCAGGAAUUGUGGAUGUGUAAAACGAGCAGUGAAACUUAUAUAAAUAUGUGUUUAAGUAACAAAAGCACCAUUUACGUUACUGAACUGUGGUAAAUUCUAAUGUUUGUAUUUGUAUUGUUACACUGACGUGAAGUUUUAGAUGUUGAGCUAAUUUUGUAAUUAUAAAGACUGCAGUUGUAUGAACUGUUUCAUUCAGUACCCCCGUAGUAAACAAUUGCUAAGAGGUUGCUUUCCCUGCCUGCCUUGUUUUCACCACAGUCAGCUAGUGUUUACAUACAUUUUAGCCUCUGUGCCAUUUUUGAAGUCUUUGUCUCAUUUACGUUUUUGGUUUGGAUAAUACUUAAAUAUGAAAUCCAUCUGUGAAACAUAUUGUAUAUUCACGUUGAGGGGUAAAACCAGUUUUUAAUUAAAAUUUUAU